AUGCAUUCAGCGAGCUCUUCAAAAGCACAGCCGAUAAGAAUGUCGAAAUUUCCUAUUAAGACUGCAAUGGACGAAAAGUAUGUGGAUCAGGAAUGCGCCUAUAUCAAGACUGCUCUCAUCCAGAUUCAACAGAAAUGCAACAGUGUGCAAUCCUUUGAAGAUAUAUACCGACGAGCAUAUAGCAUGACUAUAAACAAACAUGGGCACAGGGUUUACAAUGGCUUACGCGAAGUAUUGGAGGCGCACAUGAAGAAAGUUCGACAACCUGUGUUGAAAGCUCCAUCGGGAAACGUUUUGCCGAUUGUGUUAGAAACUUGGAAAGAUCACACUGUUGCAAUGAGUAUGAUCAGAGAUGUGCUCAUGUACUUGGACAAGGUUUAUGUGGCACGAGAAAAUGUUGAACCAGUUUAUGAUUUAGGGCUCUCAUGUUUAAGAGUGCAUGUCAUUUGCUAUAAGGAUGUCAAUGAGCGAAUUCGCCGAGGACUUUUGGAUAUGAUUCAACAGGAGCGUGAUGGAGGCCUUAUUGAUUGGCUUUUGUUGAAACAAAUUUGCAGCAUGUUGUACGACAUCGGUGUCUAUGAACAAGAAUUUGAGAAACUAUUCCUAUGUGAGACUGCCGAGCAUUACAAAAAGCGCGGUAUUGAACUGAUAUCCAACAACACGUCAACUGUCUACGUUGAUCAAGUGGAGAAAUUCAUUACAGAUGAAGCAAUUCGUGCACAAAGAUCUUUCAAGGAUGAAACUAAGAAAAAAGUGUUGGAGACCAUCGAGAAUGAAUUGAUCAAAGCGCACAUGCAAACCAUUGUGGAUAUGGAAGGGAGCGGUGUGACGUUUCUGCUUGAAGAUCAUUUCCUGCAUUGCAACAAAUCACCCGGAGAAGGCCGCAUUGUCGAUUUGCGCAAAAUCUACCACCUUCUGACUCGUGUUAAUGGGGGCCAUAGUAUUCUUUGCAAAGCUGUCACGGAGUGGAUUCGCCAAAAGGGUGCCCUUAUAGCGGAUCCCGCUCUUCAAUCAGAUGAGAUAAAAAGUUCUCCAAUUCUUUACGUCAAUUCACUUAUCGAGCUGAAGAAGUAUGCUGACGAUAUGCUUACAAAGGCUUUCCGUAACGAUUCGAGCUUUAAAAACAAGCUUUACGCCGAAUUCGAGCAAUUCAUCAACAAGAAUCCUAAUUCAGCUGAAAGUCUUGCUGUGUUCAUUGAUGAGAAAUUGAAAUCGGGUGCACGUGUGAAUACCGAUGUUGAGAUGGAGCAGUCGAUUUCUGGUGUGAUGGAAUUGUUCCGAUUUCUCUCAAAUAAGGAUAUAUUUGAACACUUUUACAAACGAUUCCUAGCACGACGAUUGCUAAAUGAGCGAGCUGUUUCAGAUGAUGCUGAGAAACGAAUGAUCACUCGACUUAGAACAGAAUGUGGGUAUCAGUAUACGCAAAAGCUUGAGCUGAUGUUUAAGGAUCGGGAACUUUGGCCAACGCUUCAAGGAGCUUAUCGAGAAUAUUUGGAUGGCCUUGCUAGGCAUCGUCCAACGCUAGAUGUUCAAGUACGUGUGCUCACUUGUGGAGUCUGGCCGAACUCAAUCACCAUGCAAUGUUGUCUUCCCGAUGAUGUGGAAAGAGCCUAUUCGACUUUCAAUGACUUUUACACCAAGCGGCACAAUGGUCGAAAGCUUGUACGUAACACCUAUCUGGGUUCAGCUGACAUCAAAGCAACAUUCUACAAUCCCGUCAACACUGCGUUCAGUGAGGCUGAAUCAUCCACUGCGGAAUUUCCAUCCUAUUCAUCUGUCGCUCAUGUCGAAGUGCAGAAGAUUCUGACAGUCACCACUCAUCAGAUGGCCUUGCUUAUGCUUUUCAACCAAGAGAAUGUCUACACCUAUGCCACAUUGCUAGAAGCGACCAAAAUGCCAGAAGCCGAAUUGAUCAGGGUUCUUCAAAGUUUAUCUAUGGGAAAGGCGGCUCAACGCGUGCUAGUGCGAAGAGCGGCUAACAAGUCAAAAGCGGCUGAAUUUGGAAAGAUUGCGAGUACUGAUGCCUUCUUUGUGAACGAUCUCUUCACGUCAAAAUUGACUCGAAUCAAGAUCUCGAUGGUGUCCGAUUCGCGGAAGAAUCAAUCAAAUGAAAGUCGGAAUGUUGAUCGGGAGCAAGUGCGUCAACAGACAGACGAGGACCGCAAACAUGCAGUUGAGUGCGCUAUUGUGCGUGUGAUGAAAUCGCGUAAAAGGCUUGCCCACAACAAUUUGCUUUCCGAGGUGAUUUCCCAAGUGUCUACUCGUUUCUGUCCGACACCUUUGUUGAUCAAGCAGCGAAUCGAGGCACUCAUCGAGAGGGAUUAUAUCAUUCGGGAUAAGAAUGAUGAACGAGUUUACAAUUAUGUUUCA